AUGUCUUCGACAGCCAUGUCCUUCUACCCUUCCGGUACCCCUUCCUUCGAGCCUAUGUCCCCAUGCUUCGAGGACAGAACUCACCCAGCAUCCCUUUCCGUUUGUGGUAUUCACAACCCUGCUCUGCUCGAGCUCAUCCGAACUGAUGUCUCGCGCGAGAUGGUCUACUACCUCGCCGAUCGAACUUCAUCAGUAAUCGCUUGUUCUACCAAGAUCGCCUUCCCUCCCUCACCACCCCCUACACCCUCUAAGGAUGGCUAUCAGGCACCUGGCCUGCCCUCUCUCGAGACUUUCAUCGCUGUCGUCUGUGAACAAUCCAACGUGCAAGUAUCAACUUUAUUGGCUACCUUGGUCUACUUGGAAAGGUUACGACAUCGAUUACCAAAGGUCGCCAAAGGAAUGCCCUGUACCCGACACCGAGUGUUCCUCGCUACUCUUAUCGUCGCUGCCAAAUACUUAAACGACUCCUCACCCAAGAACAAGCAUUGGACCAAGUACGCGCAAAUGUUUUCAAUCGCCGAGAUCAACUUGAUGGAAAAGCAAUUACUCUACUUAUUAGAUUACGACUUGUCUAUCAACGAGCAAGAGAUUGUCGAUAACUUUGAACCUUUCUUAUCGAGAUACACAUUCGAUUCACCAUACGCUUCAUCCUCUUCACCUGAAUUGCCCAACACUCCUCCUACACCUGUCCGAAUGCCUCAAACCGUCUCUCAGCGACCGGUCAGCCAUCGACGCGUAUCGUCCAAGGGCGAUAUCACCUACAUUGCUCCACCAUUGGAUCGAUCAGGUUCAUCGUCGUCUUUGGAAUCUGAGGAUAUGCCUCUGACACCUCAACAGGUCUCUCCUCCAGUCAUGUCAAAGAGUAAAUCCAGCAGUAUGAGAUCAGUAUCAUCCGCUCAGGUCCAAAUACCUCCAGCGAUUUACGAAACUCAAAACAAUUACUCAAUUCCUCGAUCAAUGACUACCAACUCUUUCAAGGUUUAUGAAGGCAAACAAGCUCCUGCUCCUGCACCGGUCUCCGCGGUGAAAGAGGGUUUCUUAAAUAGGUUACUCCGAUCUUCUGAAAGGAGACAAAAGCCUAGGAGCAGAUUGGAAGAAGAUGAAGAGACCGUUGCAGCCCUUUCAUGGACUGCCAUAUAG